AUUAUUCCAUCUGAAAUUCUAUUUUACACACUUUCUGAAAAAUAUAAUCAAAUCAAAUAUUCUUGUCUGAAAUUGCACUAGUAACGAUGGCAAAUAUGAAUAACACAGCCCAAAAUCCUACUGACAAUUUAACCAAAGGAUUGACGGAUGGAGAAUAUAUUGUGCGUCGUGGACCUCAGAGUUCAAUCACGAUGUGUUAUUUUGAGAAUAUAACAAAUGACCAGGCCUUCUGGAAAAGUGAGAAUUCCUUGCUUACUUCUCUCCCUUACUUUAUCAUACAACUAACCCUGAUGAUGUUGUGCAUUCGCCUUGUAUUUGGUAUCCUAAAACCUCUUCGUCAACCGCGCUUCUUAGCAGAGCUACUCAGUGCUGUUCUGAUAGUUCCAAGUUCCACGGCAAAUAUUGCAUUUUUCCAAAAGUACAUAAGUCCUGCUAAGUCCACCAGGACACUAGACACGAUGGGACAGUUAGGCCUUGUCUACUAUAUGUUCCUUGUUGGAUUAGAGAUGGACCUUACCUUGUUGAAACAUAUUGAGAAGAAGGCUUUGUACAAUGCUGUUGUUACAAUUUUAUUUCCUUUAGGCAUGGGAAUAGGCCUUUUUUUCUUACUUGAUCAUUACAGAGACGAGAAAGUGGUAGGAAUGGGUGGUGCUAUUUGGGCCCUUACCCUUACCGUGACAAGCUUCCCGGAUCUUGCUCGAGUCCUCUCAGACAUGAAGCUGCUUCAUACAGAUAUUGGAAGAUUGGCGUUAUCUUCCGCAGUUGUUUGUGACCUUGUAGCUUGGGCUCUUCUGGUCCUGGCCAUAACAAUGGUUAACCAACACUUCUAUUUCUUGAAUGUGUUUGUAAUGGUCGGUUUUGUGUUGUUCUGCUGGUUUGUAGUGCGACCCGCACUAUCAUGGAUUAUUCGACUCAAUAACUCCUCGAAUGGUGGAAUGGACCAUGAGCUGCUGAUAUAUUUUAUUCUUGGAGGAGUAGUCAUAUUUGGAUUUGUGACAGACGCUUGUGGUUCACGGUCCAUGGUUGGAGCUUUCAUGUUCGGACUUAUUAUACCCAAAGGAGAACUUGGAAUUAGGCUAAUAGAGAAACUUGAAGAUUUGGUAACAGGGAUUUUGCUUCCUGCUUUCUACUGGACUAAUGGGCUUAAGAUACACUUUCAUACUUUGAACGACAGGGUGAACAUUAUUGUGGUGCCAAUAAUCAUAGUUUUGGCUUGCACCACAAAGAUUAUAAGUGCUUUCAUCUUCUCCAUUGUCCAAGGCAUGUCCGCUCGUGAAGGCAUCACUCUUGGAGUGCUUAUGAACACUAAAGGUGUUUUAGCUCUGAUUAUUAUGAAUGUUGGAAGAGACCUGAAGGGUUUUGAUGAACAAAUGUAUGCUAUGAUGACAAUGUCAUUGAUAUUAAUGACUCUGAUGGUAAAGCCCAUAGCUAUGGCUACUACUAAAUCCGCAAAGCAAGUCAAGAAAUACAAGCGUAGGACAAUUGAGAUGAGUAAACAUAAUGCUGAACUACGAAUACUCGCAUGCACUUAUUCAGUUAAUAAUAUUUCGGGUAUAAUAAACCUCCUGGAAGCCUCAAACCCCACCAAGCAGUCUCCAAUAUGCGUUUUUGCUGUCCAUUUGGUUCAGCUCACUGCAAGGCGUGUUUCUGCAAUGCUUAUUGUCCAUGAUGCUUACCAUCGCACACCCAAUAUAGGACAAGAGAAUCAAAGCCAUGAGGUAGAAGAGUCGGAGCACGUUAUUAAUGCUUUCCAAGAAUAUGAAAGUAGAUCAACGGAGGUGUCAGUUCAAGCACUAACAGUUGUGUCUCCAUACACCUCAAUGCAAGAAGAUGUCUGUAGACUAGCAGAGGAUAAGAGAGUAAACCUCAUUUUAGUUCCAUUUCAUAAACAACCAGAUGUUUAUGGAAAAAUGCAAGAUGAGGAGGAUGCUCCUUUGAGAGCUGUGAACCAAAACCUACUAUCUACAUCACCUUGCUCCAUUGGCAUACUCAUUGAUCGGGGACUUGGUGAAUCUCAGGGACAAAAUAACUUUAUCAUGCUCUUUGUGGGUGGGGCAGACAGUCGUGAGGCCUUAGCUUAUGCAUGGCGGAUGGCAGGAUCAGCAAGCGUUAAUCUCACAGUAGUGCGAUUUGUUUUAACCACAACGACAAAUGAUGAUGCCAGAGUAGUAACAGAACAGGAAAAGGAGAGAAGGUUAGAUGAUGAGUGUAUCAAUCAGUUCAGGUUUAAGACAAUGUAUGAUGAAUCCAUAACAUUCGAGGAAAUACUAUUUAGUUAUGGAAAUGAAAUUAUCACGGCAAUGAGAAGAAUGCAAGAUGGUUAUGACUUGUACAUAGUGGGACGAGGCGAAGGAGCAAUGUCACAAUUGACACCCGGACUAUUAGAGUUGAGUGAUUGUGAAGAGCUGGGAGCUUUAGGGGACACAUUACUUUCAUCUGAUUUUGCAGGGAGUUCCUCCAUUCUUGUAAUUCAACAACAUUAUGUUCGUGGAGCCAAAGAGGGAGGACUCAGGGCUGCUAGUGACCACAAAUACAAUAAACACAAGCAUAUGACUUGGUUGUCACACAUCGAGAAUGCUUAUAGAUAGUUUUAGCUUAUGUGACCCAUAAAAUCGAAAAACAUCAGUAGGUAAUUCAAACGCAUGCUACCAAUGUAAAACUAAGGCGAGAGCUCAAAUGCUUCUUAAUUGUAACCAUUAUACUAUUUGAAUGUAAUUACAAAUUAAAAAUUUAUAUAUUU